ACAUCACUCCUCUUUAUCCAGAGUGGCUUUCAACAACUGGGCAAAGAGUCCUCUAUACUUAAUACCAUCAUCCUUCAUUCCAGACAAGCUUGGCUCCAAAAAUGAGGAUGCAGUUUACAGAGAAGAACCACAACAGUUUCAUAAUGCAGGCCCUCAACAAACAGAGAAAGAACAAGGAGUUUUGUGACGUGGUCCUCAGCGUCGACCAGAACUUCUUCCACGCCCACCUCAACAUCUUAGCAGCCGUGUCGCCCCAUAUAAGGACUCUGAUCUCAAGCAAUGACAUGAAGGCCGACGACGAGCUCUUCAUUAUCAUCGACUCCAAGUUCCUGAGCCCUGCCUUGGUGGAAGAGGUGCUCGACUACUUCUACACUGGGAAGGUUGUGAUUUCGGAAAAGAACGUGGAAGACCUGCUGAAGGGAGCCAAGUAUUUCAGUUCCCAGACUCUGAAAAGCCACUGCUCUGACUUCCUCCUCAGGUCCCUCAAGAAGGACAACUGCCUCUCCUACAUGCUCCUGGCCAAUACGUACAACCUGAAAGAGGUGGGAAAUGCAGCCUACGAAGGCAUACGGGACAACUUCCAUUACUGGGCAGGCCCUAAGGGCAUCACAGACUUUGUGCACUGCCCUUCACAUGUCUUCAGCCGGCUCAUUAAAGAUGAUAACCUUCACGUGCAAAACGAAGACCAGACAUUCCUGGCUCUCAUUCAGUGGGUGAAAUACAAAAAGAGUGAGAGGGAGAAGUUUUUUAAGAAGUAUUUUGCCCACAUACAUCUAUCUGCAGUCUCCACCAAGACGCUGCUUGCUGGCUGCCGGGAAGUGUUGCUCUUUGAAGACCACACCGGCCCCCUGUCCCGGAUAGAGGGUGUUUUGAGCGACCGUAAACAUGGCAAUCCUCAAAGCUUGAUGCUUUACCAAAGGAAAGGGGCGCUGAUGGACUCCGUGGUGAUCUUAGGAGGGCAAAAAGAGCAGGGUAAGUUCAACAACGGGGUUUUCGCGUACGUCAUCGGAGAGAACAUCUGGCUGAAGCUCACAGACAUGCCUUACAAAGCAGCUGCUCUUAGUGCAACGUCAUUGGGGAAAUACAUUUAUGUCUCUGGAGGAACGACAGAGCAAAUCUCUGGGUUGAAGACCGCCUGGAAAUAUGAUAUGGAUACCAACUCCUGGAUCAAACUUCCGGAUCUGCCCACCGGUUUGGUCUUCCACACCAUGGUGACUUGUGGGGGGGCAGUGUACUCUGUAGGAGGAAGCACAGCCCCAAGAAAGUACAUUUCAAGCAUCUUCAAGUAUGACGAAGGGAAAGAGAAGUGGGUUCUUGCUGGGAAGAUGAGCAUCCCCAUGGACGCCACUGCGCUGAUCACCAAGGGGGACAAGACGAUUUACAUUGUGACGGGGAGAUGCCUGGUGAAUGGGCGCUUCUCUCGCGUUGGGGUGCUGGACUGCUUCGACACGCAAACCCGGGACGUGGUGCAGUACAUCACAUUUCCCAUUCAGUUCAACCACAAGCCCUUGUUGUCCUUUCCCCAGGAGAACGUCUUGAGCAUACGGAGCCACAAAGAGAGCCUGGAAAUAAACCUGCAGAAGAUUAAAAUGAACAAAUCCACAAACCUUGUGCCUCUCUUGCCAAAUAACUAUAGCUUGGACCUUUCGCAUGCGGUGUGCUCUGUCGGGAAUAACAAAGUGUUUGUGUGCGGUGGCCUCAUUUGUCCGGGUGACAAACGUCCAGAGGAGUAUUCUAUCAAUCGGCAAGCGUAUAUGUUAGAUCAAAACACGGGGGAAUGGAGGGUAUUGGCGGAGCCUCCCGAAGCUCUGGAUUGUCCCGCUUGCUGUACAGCCAAGUUGCCAUGCAAGGUUCUCCAGAAAACUGUAGUCAAUUAA